UUCUCUGUCAUUACUGAUUUCAGAGUUCUGUAAUAAGCAUCAGUUAAAGCUAUAUUUUUAUUCAACAAUUUUUUAAUUUCUAAAUUAUUUCUCGAGAUGUCCGAAGCUAAGGAAGAUAACAGGGGUGUGGUUAUUAUGUCUUGCGACUUUGAGAUCAAGGGCAGAAUUCCCAAAGAGGCGUUCGAAUUGUUUGCUGCCGCACAGGCCAAAAUCUUGGGACUACGCGGCUACAUCAUGCAGGUGUCAGAGAAUUGCUUCAGAGGCCAACUGCAGGGUCCUCAGAUUGUGAUUGAAACAUUUAAGCAGGUGAUCCUGUCUGUCGCCGAGUAUGUGGCUGCCGUCAAAGAGUUUGUCAUCAUGAACCUAACGGCCAUCCAGGAGUGCUCCUAUAAGUCCUUCGAAAUUAAGGCGCCGACUACGUGCAUUGAUGAGUGUAAGCAGUCACCAGCUGGGCAGGAACCAAGCAGCUCAUCUUGAAUAAGAUCCGCGGCAAGCCUCCGAGGGUCCAGUCAAAACUUCUGUCAGACCAAGGAGUGCAACAUAAAAUCCAUAAAAUAGAACCAAUAUAUAGGAAAUAGUUCAGACUAUAUUUAUAAGUGUAAUUAAUACGUAUAUAUGGAGAAAACUAAAACAUAAGGACCAUUCAAGAAGCAGCAGCCUGGGAGCCUGAGAGUGUGAUUAAGCCCUUCAAACAGA